AUGACUCUCCAGCCUGCGGGCCUGCUGUGGCAUAGCCAAGCGGGACAAGAUCAUAACGUUUCGGCGUGUUGUGGCGCAGCCCAGCAGGUCGACUACGAAGCCGAAACGCUGCUUGUCGCCUCCAAGCAUGGCCGCAUUAUUGGCGGAGCCACGCUGGCUCGGUGCCCUCGCGGCGUGGUGGUGAAGGAGGUCGGCGCGCUAGAAGGUCUGGGAGGUGGUACAGCGCUGCUGGCAGCUGCCGCAUCGUUUGCGCGUCGCAACGAUGCGGUCUACCUCCUCCUCUCGCCGGUCGACUCGGAUGCCGCUCGGUUUUGGGGUCGUGGUGGCUUCUACCCCCUGCAUUGGGGGUGGUUUGCCUACAACCGCUGCCCCGAGCGGCACUCCGAGUUGGCCGCGCGGCUUCACCACGAAGCUGACGGCCUGCUGACGGAGGAGGAAUCGGUCGCGGCGGCCAAGAGCUUCGCAGACGUGGCGGGCGAGUGGCAUUGCAACUCGGUGCUGUGGCUCGAGUUUCUCGGCCUCGUCGGGUCCUGGCAGAGGAGGAGGCGAUGCGGCGAGGGCCAGUUGUCCGCUUGUCAUCUCUUGGGCGUGACCUUGCAGGCAAAGCAGGCCUCCUUGGAAGCGGGUCGCAGCGCUGGCCUGCCGGCGGACGAGUUGGCACCGUCCGUGCAACGAUUGGAAGAGCUGCAGCGGAGGGAGGAGGCCAACAAAGCACUGGAGGAGGCGAUGAGGCAAGGAACAACCGAAGAUCUGCGAGAAGCCCUGACGCAAGCUGAGCUGGCUGGGGUCGGUGAUCUCCUUCUCGAUGACGCUCCGGAGUUGUUGCACCGCUGUGAGCAGCAGUCGCAGGCAACGCAAAGCUUGCAGGUUGCCGCGAUAUCCGGUGGCAUGGCUGAGCUGCGUGCAGCUUUAUGCCAAGGGCAGGUUGCUGGUCUCCCAGCCAACAGUAUGGCUGCUGCCUCGGGGAAGCUAGCUGAAUUGGAGGAGGAAGAGCAAGAAGCAGAGAGGCAGCGAGAGCUCGAACGACAGGCGAUGUUAGGGCAGGCAAGGAGAGACCAUGCCACAGAGAUCUUGGCAGAGGCUUGCAGAUCCCGGGAUGUUUCCAGCCUGCAAACAGCCAUUGAUGCUGCACACAAGGCAGGGCUGGAUGGCCACGGACUGGAACAGGCCACGAAGCUUUUAGCGGAGGUACUUGAGGAGGCGAAGCAAGCUUCUGCACGGCAGACUUUGCAAGAAGCCCUCGUGACCCGAAGCAGAGAGGCCCUCCAGGAGGCUGUGCGACAGGGUAAGGCAGCGAGGUUGCCAUCCAAAGAGCUCGAGGCUGCACGUGCCGCACUUGGGGCAGAAGAUGCCAAAGCCAGAGCACACGCCAGGCUGCAGCUUGCUAUUCAGGCCAAAGACAUUGUGCAGUUGCGAGGAGCCAUCGCGACGACAGAGCGAAGUGGCUUGACUGCGGAGGAAAUGCGCGCAGCCAAAGACAUGCUACGCGAGCUGGAGAACAAGGAGUUGCAGAGGAACGAAGAGGCGAGCAAAGCCCUGCAAGAGGCGAUGAGGCAAGGAACAAUCGAAGAUCUGCGAGAAGCCCUGACGCGAGCUGAGCUGGCUGGGGUCGGUGAUCUCCUUCUCGAUGACGCUCGGGAGUUGUUGCACCGCUGCGAGCAGCAGUCGAAGGCAACGCAAAGCUUGCAGCUUGCAGUGAUUUCCGGUGGCAUGGCUGAGCUGCGUGCAGCUUUAUGCCAAGGGCAGGUUGCUGGUCUCCCAGCCAACAGUAUGGCUGCUGCCUGGGGGAAGCUAGCUGAAUUGGAGGAGGAAGAGCAAGAAGCAGAGAGGCAGCGAGAGCUCGAACGACAGGCGAUGUUAGGGCAGGCAAGGAGAGACCAUGCCACAGAGAUCUUGGCAGAGGCUUGCAGAUCCCGGGAUGUUUCCAGCCUGCAAACAGCCAUUGAUGCUGCACACAAGGCAGGGCUGGAUGGCCACGGACUGGAACAGGCCACGAAGCUUUUAGCGGAGGUACUUGAGGAGGCGAAGCAAGCUUCUGCACGGCAGACUUUGCAAGAAGCCCUCGUGACCCGAAGCAGAGAGGCCCUCCAGGAGGCUGUGCGACAGGGUAAGGCAGCGAGGUUGCCAUCCAAAGAGCUCGAGGCUGCACGUGCCGCACUUGGGGCAGAAGAUGCCAAAGCCAGAGCACACGCCAGGCUGCAGCUUGCUAUUCAGGCCAAAGACAUUGUGCAGUUGCGAGGAGCCAUCGCGACGACAGAGCGAAGUGGCUUGACUGCGGAGGAAAUGCGCGCAGCCAAAGACAUGCUACGCGAGCUGGAGAACAAGGAGUUGCAGAGGAACGAAGAGGCGAGCAAAGCCCUGCAAGAGGCGAUGAGGCAAGGAACAAUCGAAGAUCUGCGAGAAGCCCUGACGCGAGCUGAGCUGGCUGGGGUCGGUGAUCUCCUUCUCGAUAACGCUCGGGAGUUGUUGCACCGCUGUGAGCAGCAGUCGAAGGCAACGCAAAGCUUGCAGGUUGCAGCGAUAUCCGGUGGCAUGGCUGAGCUACGUGCAGCUAUAUGCCAAGGGCAGGUUGCUGGUCUCCCAGCCAACAGUAUGGCUGCUGCCUCGGGGAAGCUAGCUGAAUUGGAGGAGGAAGAGCAUGAAGCAGAGAGGCAGCGAGAGCUCGAACGACAGGCGAUGUUAGGGCAGGCAAGGAGAGACCAUGCCACAGAGAUCUUGGCAGAGGCUUGCAGAUCCCGGGAUGUUUCCAGCCUGCAAACAGCCAUUGAUGCUGCACACAAGGCAGGGCUGGAUGGCCACGGACUGGAACAGGCCACGAAGCUUUUAGCGGAGGUACUUGAGGAGGCGAAGCAAGCUUCUGCACGGCAGACUUUGCAAGAAGCCCUCGUGACCCGAAGCAGAGAGGCCCUCCAGGAGGCUGUGCGACAGGGUAAGGCAGCGAGGUUGCCAUCCAAAGAGCUCGAGGCUGCACGUGCCGCACUUGGGGCAGAAGAUGCCAAAGCCAGAGCACACGCCAGGCUGCAGCUUGCUAUUCAGGCCAAAGACAUUGUGCAGUUGCGAGGAGCCAUCGCGACGACAGAGCGAAGUGGCUUGACUGCGGAGGAAAUGCGCGCAGCCAAAGACAUGCUACGCGAGCUGGAGAACAAGGCCGCCAGGAAGGCGUUGCUGGACGCAGAAGCUGGCGACAGCAUUCCUCACCUGCAGGCCGCCUUAGAAGCGGGUCGCAGCGCUGGCCUGCGGGCGGACGAGUUGGCACCGUCCGUGCGGCGAUUGGAGGAGUUGCAGAGGAACGAAGAGGCGAGCAAAGCUCUGCAAGAGGCGAUGAGGCAAAGAACAAUCGAAGAUCUGCGAGAAGCCCUGACGCGAGCUGAGCUGGCUGGGGUCGGUGCUCCCCGUCUUGACGACGCUCGGGAGUUGUUGCACCGCUGCGAGCAGCAGUCGAAGGCAACGCAAAGCUUGCAGCUUGCAGUGAUUUCCGGUGGCAUGGCUGAGCUACGUGCAGCUAUAUGCCAAGGGCAGGUUGCUGGCCUACCAGCCGACAGUAUGGCUGCUGCCUCGGGGAAGCUAGCUGAAUUGGAGGAGGAAGAGCAAGAAGCAGAGAGGCAGCGAGAGCUCGAACGACAGGCCGCCAGGAAGGCGUUGCUGGACGCAGAAGCUGGCGACAGCAUUCCUCACCUGCAGGCAGUGGCCGCCUUAGAAGCGGGUCGCAGCGCUGGCCUGCGGGCGGACGCGUUGGCACCGUCCGUGCGGCGAUUGGAGGAGUUGCAGAGGAACGAAGAGGCGAGCAAAGCUCUGCAAGAGGCGAUGAGGCAAGGAACAAUCGAAGAUCUGCGAGAAGCCCUGACGCGAGCUGAGCUGGCUGGGGUCGGUGCUCCCCGUCUUGACGACGCUCGGGAGUUGUUGCGCCGCCGUGAGCAACAGUCGAAGGCAACCCAAGGCUUGCAGAAUGCAGUGAUGCGAGCGGCCAUGGAUGCAGCACACGCCAAAGCUGCAGCCCGAAGUCUUCUGGAAUCCGCCCUGGCCUCCGAUGACGUGGAGCGUCUGCGUGAGGCCCUGCGGCGUGGUGAGCUGGCGAAGUUGGAAGACGCCGAGAUGGGGGCCUGCCGGCGAGCACUCGUGCAAGCCGAAGCACGUGCGCGGGCGGCGCUCCAAGUGGCCGAUCGCUCAGCCUUGCCUUAG